GUUUACGGUAACUAGGCAAACUCAUAGACUAGCUCGACGUUCCUCUAUUUUUUUCACGUGUUUACAUACAACACCGUCACCAUUCUGUUCACACGGGUAUAUACAGGGUUUGUCAGGCGUCUUUCGACCAUGCCAAACCCUGCGUGCUUCUUCGACAUCACAAUUGACAAGAAACCGGCAGGCCGUAUUUGUUUCGAGUUGCGUGCUGAUGUGGUCCCUAAAACUGCAGAGAACUUCAGAGCCCUAUGUACUGGAGAGAAGGGUUUUGGAUUUGCUGGUUCCCUUUUCCAUCGAAUCAUCCCUGGAUUCAUGAUACAGGGCGGUGACUUUACUAGGGGGGAUGGAACAGGAGGGAAGAGCAUUUAUGGCAAUAAGUUCAACGAUGAGAACUUCAAGUUGAAACACGCCGGAGCUGGAACAUUAUCAAUGGCAAAUGCUGGAAAAAAUACAAAUGGUUCUCAGUUCUUCAUCUGCACAGCAGACACUGAAUGGCUUGAUGGUAAACAUGUGGUGUUUGGUAAAGUAACAGAGGGCAUGGAUGUGGUGAGAGAGGUGGAGAAAUGUGGCUCCAACAGUGGGAAACCACUAAAAAGUGUGGCUAUCGACAAGUGUGGCGUGCUGGAAUGAGCAUGGAAGCGCACUGUGAUGUCAGGAACCUCAGGGAUGGAGAACACCACUGUAGCGUGUCAUCGAAUAAAUCCCUGGUUGAUUAAAUCUGUACACGUUAUGUAAAAUCAGGACAAACAAAGAAGAAAUGAGAUCUGUAAAUGUUUUAUGAAACUAUCAGUGAAUUAAAGAGAUUUAUAGUAAA